GCCAAAACAACACAUGUUUUCACUUUGUAUUCACGGGAUAAUUUAUUAGAAUUUCAUCGCUUUUUAAGCCAAAAUGCCGAAAACUAAAAAGUUCAUAGAUCGCAAGAAGGCCGUCACGUUCAAUUUAGUACAUAGAUCUCAAAGAGAUCCUUUAGCAGCUGACGAGACCGCCCCACAACGUGUCUUAGUGCCUGUAAAUGCUAAUAUACCUACAAAAAAGGAUAAAGAGCCUAAUCUCACUCCAGAACAACGGAAAGAGGAGCAGCAUAAAUAUGGAAUUUACUUUGACGAUGACUACAACUACCUUCAACAUCUUAAAGAUACCAAGGAGGUCACAUUGGUUCUGCAACCUAAAGCGACACAUAAAAGAAAACAACCGUCGGCUAAUAAGGAAGAAGGGGAUGAAGAGGGUCUGAUAGAGGUAACAGAAAAACUACAAUUUCCUAGCUCUGUGUUCGCUUCUGAGGUGGAGGAAGAUGUUGGCUUGCUGAAUAAGGCAGCUUCACAAGGUUUAUGUCUGGAUUUGGAUCCUGAGGUGGUUGCAGCAUUGGACGAAGACUUUGAUUUCGAAGAUCCUGACAAUCAGCUUGAAGAUAACUUCAUUGAACUUGCUAUGGGAGAGGGUGAUGAUGAAGAUAUGGAAGGUGAUGAAGCAGAUGAAAGUAUGGAGGAUAACGCAUCUAACCAAUCAUUUGACUCUGAUUUCGAUUCAGAUGACGAUAGUGUUGAUUCACAGGAAAGAAAACCGCAAAUGGCAAAAUGGGAUUCGAAAGACGACACGAAAUCGCGUUUCUCACAAUAUUCCAUGUCUUCCAGUGUUAUUCGUAGAAAUCAAGGAUUGUCAUUAUUGGAUAACAGAUUUGAAAGGAUGUUCGCAGAAUACGACGACACAGAAGUGGGUGCGUUAGAUCUAGACGAGAUAGAAGGAUAUCUGCCAGAAACACAUAAUAUGUUACUAGAUGCAGCGAAAGAGUUUGAAGAGUCCCAGAAGAAAUAUCAUCUCGAUAAGGAAAAGGAGAUUGCUAGACUGAAGCGUCUGCAAGAGAUCGAAGAAGAGUCGGAAGAUGAUCUAGUGACGGUUGAAGUGGAGCCGCAAGAGAAAUGGGAUUGCGAAACUAUACUAUCUACGUAUUCCAAUUUGUACAACCAUCCGAAACUUAUUGAAGAGCCUAGAAAACAAAAAAUAAAAAUAAACCCCAAAACCGGUUUACCGGAAGACACACUGGGCAAAGACAACAAACUGACGAUGAAGUCGUUGGCCAAAUUCAACGCUAUGAAUCAAGAACAUGCGUCAGAUUCGGACGAAGACGGACGGACGAAUGCAGAGACUGUACUAUCUACGCUUAGUGUAUUGUCAAUCAGACCCAAAGACGAAACGCCAGAAGAGAAGAAGGAACGCAAACGUCUUCUCAAAGAGUACAGAAAAGAAAGAAGAAUAGAGAAGAAGGCAAACAAAGAAGCGUUUAAAGAAGAGAAGAAGAGACAAGAGAAGAUUAUGUUGAAUAAUAGAAAUAAUGUACAAGGGAAUAAAAUAUUUUGAA